CGUGAUCACAAUCCCUCGAAAUCUGCACCGACACUUACGCCGAACCAUCCAUGGAUCAACGACAGCACUUGGGGCAUGGUCCACCGCCUAUGUCCCUUCCACAUGGCGCGCCGCGCUCCUUCACCUCGCCGACGCCGCAGCUCAACAGCCCGUGGGACGUGUUUGGACUACUGUGGGACGCCGUUUGACUACCGUGGGCGCCAAUUGGGCUCGAUCGGGCGCGUAUGUCAAGAAUGGCCGCUGACGUGGGAGUCUCAAGUAGGCAUCUGGAGUUACGUCAUUGACUACCUGGGAACGUCAGGCGCCAUCUGCCGACAACAGCAGAGGUUGGUACCGCUGGUGCACACGGUUCCAAAGGGAGGCGGGGGCGAUUGCAGUUCGAAACGCACGGGACUGCUCAACCGGAGACAGCCGUUGCUU